AUGGCCUUGGAGCUGGGUCUGGCCAACAGCAGUAGCUCGAGCUUGGGGGCUCCCGAGGGCAACGGAUGGGUGGCCGCCCUCCUGUGUGUCAUUAUCGCUCUGACUGCGGGGGGCAACUCGCUGCUCAUCCUGCUCAUUUGCACGCAGCCGGCUCUACGCAGCACUUCGAACUACUUUCUGGUGUCUCUCUUCACGUCGGACCUGCUGGUGGGGCUGGUGGUGAUGCCGCCCGCCAUGCUUAACGAGCUGUAUGGCCGCUGGGUGCUGGCACGCAGCCUUUGCCUGCUCUGGGUGGCCUUCGACGUUAUGUGCUGCAGCGCCUCCAUCCUCAACCUGUGCCUCAUAAGCCUGGACCGCUACCUGCUCAUCCUGUCUCCUCUGCGGUACAAGGGACGCAUGACCCCGUGCCGGGCCCUGGCCCUCAUCCUGGCCGCGUGGAGCCUGGCCGCCCUGGCCUCCUUCCUGCCCACGCACAUGGGUUGGCACCAGCAGGGUGGCCUGAUGUCCCCCAACGCCACUGCCGAGGCCGCCUGGGCUGACCUGGCCCCUGGGGGGCAGUGCCGCCUGCUGGCCAGCCUGCCCUUUGUCCUAGUGGCUUCAGGGCUCACCUUCUUUCUACCUUCUGUGGCCAUCUCCUUCACUUACUGUCGGAUCCUGGUGACUGCUCGGAAGCAGGCUGUGCAGGUGGCCUCCCUUGCCACCAACAUGGAGGCCUUGCAGGUGCCAAGGACUCCAAAUCUAGCAGCGUCGGCCUCCAGUGAGAACAGACGGUUCGCUGCCAAGCACAGCAGGAGGGCUCUGAAGGCCAGCUUGACACUGGGCAUCCUUCUGGGCAUGUUCUUUGUGGCCUGGCUACCUUUCUUUGUAGCCAAUGUGAUCCAGACCGUGUGUGACUGUAUCCCCGAAGUCUUCUUUGAUGUCCUCACCUGGCUGGGCUACUGCAACAGCACCAUGAACCCCAUCAUCUACCCGCUCUUCAUGAGAGAUUUCAAAAGGGCCAUGGCCAAGUUCGUGCCGUGUGCCCGGUGGGCCUGGGAUCGCAGGACUAGUCUCGUCUCGCUCUCCAUGCGAAAUUCCCACAGUGGCGCCCCCCAGUUCAUCCCCCAGGUGGGCUUCUCCUUGCAGCACAGGAUGACCCUCCCUGGAGAGGUGGACUCAGGCGCCUCGGCCCUGCAGGUCGCUGAGCAGCCCCAGGAGGCCGUGCCCGGCCGCUCGCCACCCACGGGCACCGAUGCCGUCAGCCUCUUUGACGUGGACCCUGUGGAGCCCGAGCUGAAGCUCUCUGCCCUCAACGCCCCCGUGGACUGA